CGGUAGAGACAGAGGCACUGCGUCUGACUUCAUCUCUCCGGACCGACUCUGUUGUUGUUUUUGUGUCGGUGACGCGGCGAGUCCAGCCGGCCGAUCGGCUAAUGAGUCAGCAUUAAUAAUCUGCCUAUCGGUGGAUGCGGAGAGUAAUACAGACCUCCCAGCAAAACACUCACCCAUCGAUUAGCUGUCAUAGAGCAACAAUGGCGGUUCCUGCUGCCCCAAAUCAGCAGCUGAAUACGGCGAGACAAAGCAGCCCUGUGAACUGUACGGAAAACGACAUCCACAUCGACGAGAGAGAGUUGGAAAACAUCACCAACCACAUCGAGGACGGCACCUCGCUGCCGCUGCACUCCCCGUGGACCUUCUGGCUGGAUCGGUCAUUACCAGGUACAACGGCAGCAGAGUGUGAAUCAAAUCUGAAAAAGAUAUACACCGUCCAAACUGUACAGAGUUUCUGGAGUGUGUACAACAACAUCCCUGCUGUGUCCUGUCUCCCUCUGAGGUGUAGCUACCACUUAAUGCGAGGAGAGAGAAGACCACUAUGGGAAGAGGAAAGCAAUGCCAAGGGAGGCGUUUGGAAAAUGAAAGUGCCAAAAGAGAGCGCAUCAGCUGUGUGGAAAGAGCUGCUAUUGGCUACAAUUGGUGAACAGUUCACCGAUUACUGUGCAUCAGAGGAUGAGGUGGUAGGAGUAAGUGUGAGUGUGAGAGAACGAGAAGAUGUGGUUCAGGUCUGGAACGGAAACGCCUCUUUUGCCAACGAAGCCAACGUUUUAGGAAGAAUCUACGAACUUCUUCCACAGAUAUCUUUUAAAGCAGUAUUUUAUAAACCACACGAGGAGCACCAUGCAUUUGAAGGCGGUCGCUCAAGGCAUUAGCAAGCUUUGCACAUUCAUCACACUUUUCCCUGUUUUUGGACUGAUCCUAGAAAAUGGACUGAAAACGGAAAAGGAAUCCCUCCUGGGCGAACUGAACUCGGGUUUUUGCAGUGGUUUCAUAUCAUAGGGGAAUGUGACAGCCCUGUUUUUAAGUCGUGAGCGUUGCAGAUGAUCCCUCCACGCUUUUCGUGAGGAGUUUUCUCAUAACAGAUAUUUAGGUAAUAUCAAUAAAGAUCACAUAGACAGUAGCAUAUGGAAUAUAAAUCCUCACAAGAGAGCAAUGUUGCCAAGUGUUAUUGUUUCCCCGCUAGGUUUAUUGAUCAAAUGUGCAGUGCAGUAACGGUUGCUGCUGCUUGUCAAAGUAUAUAUACACAUUGUGUUAGAAAUUUCAUUUACAGAGUUAGAGCGUCCAUUAGGAUCAAACUCUUUAGGGCUGUUUUCCCCUGGACACACAUUAGGCAUAACCUUAGACUAAAAUUAGUCUAAGGUUUAGCCUAAUCUGCUUCUGGGAACUAUCUUUUAUGCAAAAGUAUUGCACAUUUCUCUUUGGGGGAAAAAAAAAACUGUCUGGCUUGGAGGUUAUUAAUGAUUUCAGCGCAAAUGUAAGUGGGUGUCACAACCUUGGUUAUAACUGAAAGUAUACAGCAAAAUGCAUAUGCAAUUCCUAAACUUAACAUUUAAGUAAAUUGAAAUAAUCCUGUAUUAAUCACAUGAGGGUAAAUUCUUGCAUCUUGCAAACAGCUUUGCUUUUAUGAUUUCUAAAACUGUAUCCAGACCUCCUCCUGUAGUAUUUGAUGUAUAUGAAAGCUGUUUUAGAAAGGCGUCAAAGCACUGUUGAAAGUUUCUUUUUUGGUUACUGCCUCUUGGUUGAUGUCAUGCAUUCUGUUCUGUGUGUUGCUGUAGGUGCUUAGUGUAUCAUCUUUGUCAAAAUUGUUCAAAUGCUUAAUAUUUUCAUUGUCUGCAAUCAUUACGGCUAUUUUUUUAACAUAUGCAUUUGCUUCUAACUGCCUUUUUAUUCUCUGUAAUCACACUGUGUCUUGUUUCAGAGUUCUUCUAGUAGUUUGUUUUAUUGUGUUUGGAUGGAUGGUUGUGUUGGAAAUCUUGUUAAGUCGAGGGGAGCUAGUGUAGAUAACGUCAGAUUAUGAAACUGAACACGGCCUGUGUAAUCAUCAGAGCAUAUAUUUUUUUAGUUUUUCAGUACCAAAGAGAUUUCCUUUCGGUUCUCCUAUGUCAUAAUUCCUCAUCGUCUGAGAUCUGCACAUGUCUGUGUCCUUCUGAACUUGCACAGCGGGAGUUAAAAUCACGUUUCUUAUGUUUGUCUUUGAUGAUGUAUUUUGAGUAGUACUUCACUUUCUGUUGUGUGGCAGUUUUUAUUUAGGUUUGUCAAGUCGGACACUUAAAGCCCAAAAAGACCUGCAUCAUGAUCCAGGUCCCUUAAUGCACUAAAAAGCACAAUUAUGAUUUUGUCCUUCCUGUGGGCAGGGAUGUGCAAAAUAACCUGUACAUGCAGCUGAACUUUCAUAUUUCAGCUUUUUCCUACCCAUCACUGAUCUCUCAUUGAGAUGCCAGUACUAACAUGGAUUUUUGGGAUUAUUUUCGGAGCAUUUGUGACCGUUUUCCAAGCUCCCCAUAAGGAUCUGAAACCUCAAACUGAUUGUCAAUCUUUUGGAAUGGUGCCUUGUGUCCUCCCAGGGUUUCACUCACAGAAUGUUCAGUUUAUCUCCAUGUAUUUCAUCUGUUAUAUUGUUAUUAUUUUCCUUUGCUUAUAGGUUUUGAACUAUUGAAUAAAUACAAAGCAGAAUUCGAAA